GACAAUAAUACAAAAUAGUCACUGGGGAGUUCCACUUUGUUCUUUAUUAAGUCUUAAGAUAUAUAGUAUACAGGUUCACACGGUGCACACGCGUCAGGCGCUACAUGAUUUCGUCGUCAAUCUCCCACUUCACACACUCUCUUGUCUUGUUUCGUUCUAAUCUCUUGUCGUAUUUAUUGGUUGAAUUUCCUAAGCUUCUCUAAUUUCUUCAUUUCCUUAACGCACCAGCCAUUCUACUUCCAUCACCGCCAUUCCCACUACCUUAGCUUCUCAUGCACGUAUCUAUAUAUAUAACCCUCUCUUACUUUAACCACAUUAUUCCAUCUCUUUCUCUCAUCUCUUCUACCUACCAAACUAGCAUGGUGCAGAUACACGAAGAAGAAAUGGACGUAGAGGGCGUGGACUACGAAGAGCUGAAGAAGCGCAUGUGGAAGGACCGCAUGCUGCUCCAGAAGCUGAAGGAAAAGCGUCCUAAGCACGAUGACCAAGAAGAAGCCUCGAGGAGGAAGAAGAUGGCACGUGCUCAGGACUCCAUCCUCAAGUACAUGGUCAAGAUCAUGCAAGUCUGCAACGGUCAGGGCUUCGUCUACGGCAUCGUCACUGAGAAGGGAAAGCCCAUCACUGGCUCCUCUGAGAGCCUCCGCGAAUGGUGGAAGGACCAAGUUAAGUUUGAUCAGAGCGCUCCCCUCGCCAUCUCCAAGUACCUUCCAUCAGGAUUACUGGAUCACGAAAAUGGUGACUUGUAUGCAAGUUCCUCCAUGCAUCUCUUGAAUGAACUCCAGGAUACUACCCUGGGUUCUCUCCUCUCCGCGUUGAUGCAGCACUGUGUGCCACCGCAGAGAAGGUACCCUCUUGACAGAGGGCUGGCUCCUCCGUGGUGGCCCAAAGGCAACGAGCUAUGGUGGGGUGAGCAGGGCCUUCUGGCCCAGCAACAAGGCCCGCCCCCUUAUAGGAAGCCCCAUGACCUCAAGAAGGCAUGGAAGGUUUCCGUCUUGGCUGCCGUCAUCAAGCACAUGUCUCCUGAUCUCGAUAAGCUUAGAAGCUUGGUGGCUCACUCCAAGACCCUGCAAGCCAAGAUGACUGCCAAAGACACUGCCACGUGGUCCAAGGUUGUCAACCACCAACAAUCCCUCUCACAAAUCACUCCACCAUCCCCAUCAUCCACUGAAACCUCCAAGAGGAAGAGUAGUGUGUUUGAUUUCGAUGAUGGUGGUGCUGAUAUUGACGAUAACAAUAGUAAGCAGAUGUAUGCAUGUCAAAACGCUGAGUGUCCGCAGAGUGAGUUGUGCAUGGGGUUCCCGGACAAGAACUCAAGGAUGAACCAUGAGUCCCUAUGUGCCUACCGCACGGAACAACCCCAUGUUCUUGAUGAUGACACCAAAUUAUUGGAUGAUUUGAUGAACAUGGACCUAGCAUGGUACCAUGAUGAUAAUAAUCAUUUUGGGAACGAAGAUCUUGUUGCCUAUGAGUUGGCUGAGACUGCAGCGGGUGCCACCAUACCACAAGACUAUGGACUCUUCAGUUUGAAUGCUGGCAUUCACGAAGAUCUUGGAUUGCAUGCAUCAUCAGAACUCCACUUGGAAGCAGGAGGAGAUAACAAGAAUAACAUGCUUGAAGCCUUGAACUUAAUCUAAAUCCACCACCGCAACAGAUCACACAAGAGCUCGAAUCAACCUCAGUCUGGGACUUAUGGCGUACCCACUAAUUAUAAUUGUACUGUAUAUUCUUAUCGAUCUAGUAAUUAAUAUAAUCGGAAGAAAGUAUAAAAAAGUUAUAUGGUUUGUUUGCA